AUGAAGAAAACUAAUUACAAGCCUUCAUAUAUCAUGUUGACUGUUAUGCUUACUCUACUAAUAACAACUUCAAGUACAAGUUCUGUGCAUGGAUUUAACGUGAUUGAUAAAUGCUGGAGAACAGAUCCAAACUGGAGGAGUCACAGGCAACAAUUAGCUAAAUGCUCCGUUGGUUAUUCUGGGAAGAUGACUAAUAAUAUUGGAGACGAUGUGAUCAAAUAUAAGGUUACUGAUACAAGUGACGAUCCCUUAAACCCUAAACCCGGAACUCUAAGAUAUGCAAUGACGCAUAUUCAGGGAAAGAUAUGGGUAACUUUCGAAAGAAACAUGACUAUUAGGCUCCAAAAACCCCUUUUAGUCAGCAGCUUCACCACCAUUGAUGGCCGUGGAGUUGAGGUUCAUAUUGCUGAUGGCGCCUGUCUCAUGCUUCAAAGGGUGACAAAUGUGAUCAUUCAUGGUAUAAAUUGCAACCAGAGAAUGCCAAGGAUUCGUCAUGGAUAUGCACAUGUGGUCAACAAUGUUUACAAGGGAUGGGGUAACUACGCAAUAGGGGGAAGCAUGAACCCAAGCAUUAAGAGCCAAGCCAAUUAUUUCUUUGCAAGAGGAGGAAGGAACGAGGUCACAUGGAAACAGGAGAGUGGUGAAGUGGAAGGGAAUUUCCAGUCAGUUAAAGAUGUAUUCGCGAACGGAGCAUGUUUCAAUGGAUCGGGUUCUGGUCGUGAGGCCGUGAGGCCAAACUAUACGCCAGAUCAAGCGUUUCCAGUGGAAGAUGGACACAAGGUCAAGGAGUUGACAAAAAAUGCAGGUAUCUUAAAAUGUCCUAGUUCUUCUACCUGCUGAUCACAACACGUAGCUGAACCUGGACGGAAGCGUUGGAGAUAAAAGUGAUGAUUAAUUCUCUAGUAUUCUUUACUAGAAAAUAGCACCAUACAACCUCUCUUAUAAGUAUCUAAGCGAUGUUACGGCGCAGUUAUAAUAUAUAGUAUGUAAAAUUACCCCCCACCCCCACGCCCACCCCACCCCUCCUCCAAAAAAAAAUGUAUAAUAGUAUAUAGAAAAGCCUGAAUGU